CAACAAAACAGCUGAGAAAAUUUGAACUUUAGUCUAAAAAUAUCAAUGAUUCGUAAAUACUUUUAAGACAACUCGCGCCUAGCUGAUAGCAGCAUAUAAACGUGUUCUCGUAGGCUCGAUGAUGGAAGCUGAAAGAAAACGACCAGGCAAACGUCGUUUGCCACGACAAAAGUCCUUUACGGAAGCACUGAAGGAAAAAUAUUGCAGCCCAGAAAUUGACUCGUGCAAUUCUGGUGGAUUUGUGGUGAAUAUUGUCUAUCACGGGAAACCAAAGACGAAUGGGUCGGACGCGGAGCUGGCUUACCUGAGGAACGUGGUGCUGUGUGACAGACGUGUAUCUAAGGCUGGUAUCCCUAGUGACGGCUUAAGGUCUCUCUGUCCCAACGUCAUUGAUCUUGACCUUUCUGGAAAUUUGCUGGAUGAUUGGAGUGAAGUGGUCAACAUUAUAUCUCAUUUGCCUUUCCUGAAGUUUCUUAAUUUGAGUCGAAAUAAGCUUGUUAACAAACAGAAUUUCUUACAGAAUUGGGGGACCUCUCUAGACAAGAUAGAGAGCUUGGUCCUCAACGAGACUGACGUUGCGUGGGAUGAGGUGUUGACCGUAGCCAGUCACCUGCCUAGUCUACAGGAACUACACACCUGUAAAAAUGGAUACACACAUCUGUCCUCAUCAACUCUCCGAGGACUGGAGAAGGUGAAAUACUUGAAGAUGAAUUACAAUCAGAUUGACAGCUGGGAGGAAGUCUGGAAACUUCGCCAUCUGCCAGAGCUGGACACACUGAUAUUAUCAGGAAAUCCUCUCAAGGAUGUGGUUUACAAGCAUAUUGAUGACACAGAUCAUGUUUGCAUUGAAACUGAUAAUACAGCUACUGAUGACGUAGACAUUUCAUCCAAUCAGGAUGAGGAAGAUGAUGAAAAUGGUAACAAAAGUCCUGCUCAAUAUGCUACAGACGUCGUAGAACAGGUUCUCGUAGAGGCAUUUUCAGAACUUGAGCAAACAAUAUUGGACAAAUCAGAAGUUGUCCAGCAAAACAAAGACAGGACUGUAGUUGACAAGACUGCAGAUAAGGACAGGAACAUAGAUAAUGACAGGAAAAUAGAUAAUGACAGCAAUGCAGAUAAUGACAGGAAAAUAGAUAAUGACAGGACUGCAGAAAAUGACAGCAAUGCAGAUAACGACAGGACCGCAGAUAAUGACAGGACCGCAGAUAACGACAGGACUGCAGACAACAAAGUACCUGUCAACUUUUAUUUGGAACCAGAGGAAAAUCACAAUGAUAGCAGUUCUGGACAAGACAGAAAAGCUUUCAGGAAACUGAAGAGUCUGUGCGUCAGUGAUACCUGUAUACACAGUUGGGAUCAUCUGUGGGCUCUCAGCUCUUUUCCCAAUCUUGAGUCGCUCAGGAUACAGAAUAUCAAACUGAUGUCAGAAAUGGGCGAGGAUGACCGCAGGAAACUCAAGAUUGCAAGUUUGCCGAACAUCAAAUUCCUGAAUGGGAGUGAGGUAUUUUGUACAGAAAGGGAGAAAGCCGAGAGAUAUUUUGUCCGAUACUUCAUGGAACAGGAAACCCAGCCGGAGAGAUACAAGGAACUGGAGGCAAAACAUGGUAAAUUGAAACCCAUCGUUGACAUCGACAUUUCCCGAGGGUUUAUGGAGGAAGCAAAGUUGACCUUCUCCUUAAAUGGAAUGACACUGAGUAAGGAAACAUUCAAGGUCAAGGAUAUAGUGCAAGAAUUACGAGUGUUUAUAAUGAAGAAACUUGGAAUCAGGCAAAUGUAUAAAUUGUUUCACUACGGCUGUGGACCCUACCAUCCCAAAAACGAGGAGGUUCUGUUCCAGGAGCUCCAAUCUCCCUUACUUCAGAUGAGUCGGUACGAUAUCAUGGAUGGUGAUGAAAUUCAAAUCCGUCUUAGUAACCCUUUCCGGGUAAGGGAAGGAUCCCUCCAAUAUCUUAACGUGUUGUUCUACCUGGUAGAAUGUGACUACAAAUAACAUUAUCUCGUUGAAACAUAUUUUCCUAAGAGGCUGUGAUUCAAUUUGAAAGAAAAGUUUUCACCUUUUCUCUGACGUUUAUUUUUUGCAUCAUUUUCAGGCAAGAGCAGUUUAUCAUAAUGAAUAGUUUUAAUGUGUAAGAUAUGUUUUAUGUGUUUCCUGCUUCUUGUAACAAGUGUAGUCAUCGUUCUCCAGUGUAGCUGCUUGUUCCCACGAUUAACUCUUUCACCCCUGUGUAACUUCAGUAGACUCUACCAUGCAUUGGUAUGGGUGAGUCCAUUAUGGUCUA